UUUUUUAUGGUUAGAGUUUUGAAAUUGGGGUUAGGUCCACAUGCAAUCACAGGUAAUGGGGUUGGAUUUAAACCGGAUAUCUUGGAUAUGGAUGUUAUGGAGAGCGUUCUUGAGGUUAGUAGUGAGGAUGCUAUCAAGAUGGCUAGAGAAUUGGCAUUGAAAGAAGGUCUCAUGGUUGGGAUAUCCUCUGGGGCUAACACUGUGGCAGCCAUUAGACUGGCGAAAAUGCCAGAGAACAAAGGCAAACUCAUUGUGACGAUUCAUGCGAGCUUUGGAGAAAGAUAUCUGUCGUCUGUUCUGUUUGAUGAGCUGAGGAAAGAAGCAGAAGCGAUGAAGCCAGUUUCAGUGGAUUGAUUUGGUUUUGGUUUGAGUUGAUGAAGAAAGAUUCUUUACUAAAAGAUCUUCAUCUUGGGAGCAAAAGAUUGUGACACCGCCCAGCAAAAUAAAAAUGUCAUAAAUAAAUGGUUGUUUUAUGUUAAUGUUAGAUAUUGGAAGAAUAAUUUUAUUAAUGUUUCAUAUUGGAAAUAAUAAAAGCAUUUUGUGGCUCAAA